AUGGGAUCCUCCCACAAACAGAGCGAAAUGUCUGAUAGUACAGAACCAAAAGAAGUACAAGCUGUAGAAGCACCAGUUAGCGAGAAUACAGCAGUAGAAUCGGCAAAGCCACAGGCGGCAAAACCUGUUCCACCUCCAUUACCUCCUCGACCAAGGAAACGAUCGCGGGACGAACUUAACGAUGACAUCACAACAGGUGACGAAGAGACCUCUUCACAUCCUAUACAGAGUAAAAAGCAGAAGUCUGACAGUCCAAGAGAUGGUGAUGCCCUUUCUAAUGGUAGCGAGGUAGUUGCUACAAUUGAUAGUAGCAAGGCCGACGAAGAGUCGAGUGGCACCGCAAAGGAAACGAAUGAGGAUGCUGAUAGCGAAAUAAACAGUAAAUCAAACAUUGAAGCAGAGAUUAAAGGCGAAUUAAAUGGUGAGAAUGCCCAGAGCGACUCUCAGACGAUAGAUACAAAAGACAAAGCCAUAGAUACACUUGAUGAGCCGAUCGUGCCAAGUACCGAAGAUUCACAAGCUAAGGUGAACCAAGACGCUGAAGACACUGAACAAAUUGAGACCAAUGAUGAGGCUAAUGAUGUCGAACAACCUAAAGAAACAGAAGAUUUGAAAACAACCAGCCAAGAUACAGUCGAAGAUAGGAAAGAUACACAGUCGUUCGACGCAGAUGCGGACACGGAAGAACAGUCUAAGAUUGAUAAUGUCAAUGACAAGAAAGAACCUAUCGCAGUAGGCGAAGAAACAUCUAGUACGACCAACGACAAGGAAGAGGACGAUAAAGAAGAAGAUCCAAAUCCUCCUAAAGCUGUUUUCGGGUCUGGUACAGCUUUUGGAUCUAGACCAUCAUCCUCUUCUUCUAUUAAUGUUUUUGGAUCUGGAACUAGCUUUGGUUCCAAGUCGUUUUCUGGUGUAUCUGUUUUUGGAUCUGGUUCGGUCUCGAAAAAUGACGAAAGUCUGUCGAACGCAGAGUCUAGUAGUCCUGCCUCGGCAGCAGCAGAGGACAAACCUGUCACAUCUGUGUUUGGGUCAGGAACUUCUUUUGGUAGUAACAGUAUAUUUGGUAGCAGAAGUAAGCUUCGCGAGGAGUCUUCAAGAUCUACAUCCAUCUUUGAUCGGCCAGACACUGCUGACAGUAUUCACAAUUCCGACGAAGACGACACAACUAAUGAUGGAUCUGAAGCCAGAGACGAAUCGCAGGAUCAGCUGUUUGUUAAAGUCCCAGCACCCCUCGAACAAAAGCAUAUUGAAACAGGAGAAGAGUCCGAAGAUUCUGUAUUUUCUUGUCGGGCACGCCUUUACGCUCUCAAUUUGACCAAUUCCGCAUCAGGCUGGAAAGAACGUGGUGUUGGAACGCUGCACGUCAACAAAGAGCGAGACAAUAAAAAGGCACGAAUUGUUAUGCGAGCAGAUAGCGUGUUUCGCGUUAUCCUUAAUCUGCCACUUUUGCCUACCAGCGAAGUUCUUGAGGGUAUGAAAAGUUCUAUGGUUAGUGAGAAAUUUGUGCGAGUGACUGGAUUUGAAGGAGAGACUCCAUUCCAGUUCGCUAUAAAAGCUGGUAACAAAGACCUGGCAAAAACUCUUCUAACAACCAUCCAAACACUAAUAAAAGAACUUGGACAAUAA